AUGGGCUAUGGCAGGCUCGAGUCUUCAUCAACAAGAACCCAAAUAGAAAAUGAAACCACUUCGAAUCCCAAAAAAUCCAAGCUCAAAAUCCUGUUAUUCAUUGCAGCCACUCUCAUAGUAGCGUCUGCAGUUUCUGCUGCACUUGUAAUGGGGCUCCGAACCCGAGCAAAUUCCGGGUCAAUGCACCCGACCCAAGCCAUAUCCAGGACCUGCAGCCGGACUCGCUAUCCCGCUCUCUGUGUCAACUCACUCAUGAACUUCCCUGGCGCACUCUCCGCCUCCGACAAGGACCUCGUUCACAUUUCCGUCAACAUGACCUUACAGCAUUUUGGCAGGGCACUAUAUAUAGCGUCGGAGAUCAAUAAUCUCGAAAUGGACACACGGGUCCGGUCCGCGUACGACGAUUGUCUCGAGCUUCUAGAUGACUCGGUGGAGCUUCUAUCUCGCUCCCUAAUCUCCGUUGCCCCUGACGGCAGCUCCGUCGGCUCUACCCAGGACGUCAUGACGUGGCUAUCCGCCGCCUUGACGAAUCAAGACACCUGCUCCGAGGGGUUCGACGAUUCAAACGGGUAUGUAAAAAACCAAAUGGGGGACAGAUUGAAGGAUUUGUCCGAAUUGGUGAGCAAUUCUCUGGCGAUUUACGCCGCGGCAGGCGGCGAUGAUUUCUCCGGCAUCCCAGUUCAGAACAAACGGCGGCGACUGCUGAAUUCCGAUAAUAGACACAAAUUGUCGGCAAAACACAAACAGUUCCCGAAAUGGUUAUCUAGGAGGGAUCGAAUUCUACUGGACAUGCCGGUGUCGGCGAUUCAAGCUGAUAUAAUCGUGUCAAAAGACGGCAACGGUACGUACAAAACGAUUACCGAGGCGAUUAAAAAGGCGCCUGAACACAGUAAUCGCCGCACUAUAAUCUACGUGCGGGCCGGAAAAUACGAAGAGAAAAAUUUGAAGGUGGGUAGAAAGAAGACAAACUUGAUGUUUAUUGGGGACGGUAAGGGCAAGACAGUCAUUUCAGGAGGAAAAAGUGUGCAGGAUAACGUGACGACAUUUCACACCGCGUCUUUCGCUGCAACUGGCGCUGGUUUCAUUGCAAGGGACAUGACAUUUGAGAACUGGGCAGGACCAAGCAAGCAUCAAGCAGUAGCCCUUCGUGUUGGUGCAGAUCAUUCGGUUAUAUACAGAUGCAGUGCUAUUGCGUAUCAAGACACCCUGUACGUCCAUUCGCAGAGACAAUUCUAUCGUGAAUGUGACGUGUACGGGACCGUAGAUUUCAUCUUUGGCAACGCUGCAGUUGUAUUCCAAAACUGCACACUUUAUGCCAGAAAACCUAUGGACCUUCAGAAGAAUACAAUCACUGCCCAGAACAGAAAAGACCCUAAUCAGAACACAGGUAUAUCAAUUCACGCUUGUAGAAUUCUACCAGCACCAGAUCUUCAGGCAUCGAAUGGAAGCUUUGCAACCUAUUUAGGCCGGCCAUGGAAAAUGUAUUCUAGAACAGUGUAUAUGAUGUCUUACAUUGGCAGUCAUGUUCAUCCUCGUGGAUGGCUCGAGUGGAACGAGACUUUUGCUCUCGACACAUUGUACUAUGGUGAGUACAUGAACUAUGGUCCAGGUGCUGCUGUGGGACAGCGCGUUAAAUGGCCAGGGUAUCGGGUUAUAAAAUCUGCAACAGAGGCAAGCAAAUUCACCGUGGCACAGUUUAUUUAUGGAUCGUCAUGGUUGCCUUCCACAGGGGUCGCUUUCUUGGCCGGGUUAUCAACUUAA